AUGAUUCUAGGUCCCGUUUCGUACUUGGAUUGUAUCGUUUUCUGCGCAUUUCUGGCACCACAGUUGAUCAUACACGUCGGGUUACUCGAAACCGUAUUAGUGGGUUUACAAUGCUUGCCCUUUUUAUUAUUUCAAUUACCUUUCGAGUUGAUCUGCGAACGCUACUUUGUCAAAUAUGAGCAGCAAUCUCCAUUCGUACAGAAGGCAUCCCUAUUUGAAGACCUCGUCGUCCGGUGUGUUCGCUAUGCGUUUGCAAACAUACCUCCCAAGGUUGGGAGGGUAUUCUUUUCCAAGCUGGUGGCCCUGCCAUUCCUAAAGUUUAGAAUGUUGCGGCAUGGCUAUUUAAAAUCUCCCAUAUAUUGGCGUGAACAUAAUGAUAAGCGUUUCAAAGGAUUAUGGAUCAUCAAGGAUCCAACAGCAAAACCUGAUGUUUGCAUAUUUUACGCGCAUGGGGGUGGCUUCUCGAUGGGCUCGGCUUACUUUUAUCUCGAGUUUCUGCUCACAUGGCUGAGCCUAUUAAAUGAUACCGGAUAUAGAAACCCAGCUAUCUUUGCUCUAGACUAUUCGCUAGUCCCUGAUGCCAACUUUCCAACGCAGCUAGAAGAAGCCAUUGCCGGGUACGAGCAUGUGCUUUCAACGGUGCAAGAUGCUAAUAGGAUUUGCGUUAGCGGAGACUCAGCUGGUGCUACCAUUGUGCUCAGCUUGCUACUCCAUAUUGCUAAUAUCGGCUGUCACCCUGAAAAGAUGAAUAGAACUACCGGUGCACGGUGCCUGGGAAAACCUGGGAUGGCAGUGCUUAUUUCACCUUGGGUAACGCUGGUCUCCAGCAAGCAUCAAAAUACCACAAGUGACUACCUUAACGCCGAAAACUUGCAUCGAUAUGCACACCAAUACGCAGGAGAGAAAGUGUCGGUCAACGAUCCGCUUUUAUCACCGGGCAAUUGUAGAGACGUUUCGUGGUGGAAGCAUGCGGCACCUUCGAGAGGCAUAUUUGUGGCUUAUGGUGCCGAAGAGGUCUUUGCCCCCGAAAUUUCAGCUCUUAUUAAGUUCUUGGAGGAAAAUAAUAUAAAAGUUCACAGUAGAGAAGAAAAGGGAGGAAUUCAUGCUUGGCCGGUAGCCUGUCUAUUUCUUAGUAGCUCAUCAAGCAACAGGAAAAAAGGAUUAAAGACUUUAGUAGAGGAGAUUCGAGAUAACAUUCAUUAG